ACGAGACGCAGUCAAGAGCCUCGUAGCUCCAGUAAAGGGUUGUUAAACGCCAGAUAAGCCACUCUGGUAAUGGGAACACAAAUCACGGGCAAGAAGAACUUUGCUUUCUUUCGGGUCUUCCCGCUCCAGAGACACCUCUUCAGCCAAAGGGAAUAAACAUUUUCCCUGGACAGAAGAAGAAGCAGGUGUGAGACGACAGAUGGAAUAAAACUGGACAGCUUGCCAUUUUUCCUUUCUAAAAAGGAAUGAAGGCUGUACGUUUGUUUUAUUUUGGAACUUGGGUAAGGCAGGAUGUUUAAUAACAGGGCCAAUAAGCUCUAAAUGCAUUUAUGACAUGCUUUGAACUGAGGUCUGGAGAUCCUGUAGUCUCCACAGGCUCUACCCUGGAAUAAAGCAGCGGAAGUCUUUUGUUAGAGAGGCUGUGAUUUCUAAAGGUGCGUCUCUGGAGCCCUGGUGUAUGGCGCUAAAAGGUGUUGGCGCAGUCAGAGAGCGUUACUGGUUUCCAUCAGAGUUACAAUGGCGAAGUGGUUCAAGGAGUUCCCCAUCAACCUGAAGAACGGUACCGACAGGAUCCGCUCAGUCUCUGAGUCGGGCUCCCUAACAAAAGCCAGUAAAGUCGGUACCAAAACUACAGGCUCCAAAGCAGGCCUCCGCAAGAAUUCCUCCUCCGACAGCACAGGUGGAGGCAGCGGAGGGGUCGGGUCCAUCCUGUCCGGGAGAAACCGAAAGAACUCCGCCGUGGAGUUGAGCCGCAACGGCGCAAGUUCCCCGAAAGACGGGAAGGUGUGGGACACGCUCCUGCCUGGGAAAAGCCGCAAGAACUCCAAAGCGGACGCGGUGUUUGAGGAGCAGCCCAGGCCGAGGAGUUCCCCGUCUGCCAAUGCCUACAUCAGCCGGCUGAUCCGAGUGGACAAAAGCCCGAACUUCAACAGCGGUACCGUCACCAGCCAUGUGGUACCUGAAGCAGAGAAAUCGUCUGCGAGCAAACCUGAAACUGUGAUAAUUGUGGAGGACUACGCGGAUCCCUUCGACGCUCAGAAAACCCGGGAGCAGAGAGAAGCGGAGCGGCUCGGGGAGAACGACGGCUACAUGGAGCCGUAUGAUGCCCAGCAGAUGAUCACCGAGAUCCGACAUCGAGGCUCUAAGGACCUGCUGAAGGUGUGUGUGCUGCUGGAGGGGAGCGAUGGUACGGCGGAGGAGGCUCAGCCUGCACCCCUGCAGAUCUACGACAUCCCUUAUGAGGAGAGCGGGGACAGCGAGAAGACGGCGGUCACGCGUCCGGAGCUGGACACGCGACCCCCCACCGAGUACGAGCUGCCGUGGGAGUGGAGGAAGGAGCACAUCGUCAGAACCCUGUCAGGUAGGACAGGGUUCACGUUAAGCUUUAACGCCGUUUCAGACUCGUUCCUCUAUGAAUCCACAGCCUCCGCCCGUCUUUCCACAGCACAGUUUGACGGCCCUGAACGUCCAGUCAAGGAGGAGGCACCCCACCCCCCGCUCACCAGGCAGCCCCAGCAUGCACCGAGCCAGCCGGCGUCCCAGCACCAGCAUCUCAGGCAAAAAAGCUGGACUCAGAAGAUGCUGCGGUCGUCCCCCCCGACCCCGCCCCCGCCCCCGCCCCCGCCCCCCGCCGCCGGCAGCAGCCCCGAGUCGGAGGCCCGCCGCGUCGACCCCUCGCUGCCCCUGGAACGACAGAGCUGGUACCACGGCUGCGUCACUCGCCAGGAGGCAGAACUUCAGCUGCAGUCCUGCAGAGAGGCGAGCUUCCUGGUGCGGAACAGCGAGUCGGACAGCAGCAAGUACUCCAUCGCCCUCAAGACGAGCCAAGGCUGCGUUCAUAUCAUCGUGGCCCAGACCAAAGAAAACGGCUUCACGCUGGACCAGAGCAGCUGCGUGUUCCCCAGCAUCCCGGAGGUGGUGCACCACUACCGCACGCGGCGCCUGCCGUUCGACGGCGCUGAGCAAAUGACCCUGCUGCACCCGGUGCACCGCGUCCACUGACUCCACGCACCUCUGAGCCCACAUGGACAAGGUGCCUCCAGAAACCGCAGCCUGGAGUCUGAGCAGUGAAGCUCCAUGAGUUGUUCGGCGGCUUUGCCUUUGCUAGUCUGUCUGCCUCACUGCACUCUGUGUAUAAAGGUGCAGGACGGCUUCCUCUCGUUAACUUUUAUUAAUAAAAUGCAACCCUCAAUGAGAUUUUUACAGGACUCCAACAUACUUGGACAGUUUAUUGUCCACUGAGGCCCAUAGAGCAGGGGUGGUCAACCCGGGUCUCUGUCCCAGCUGGAGGACCAGGGUUCUCCACCCCUGCUAUAGAGGAUGCACGAGUGAACUUGCAGGUCUCUCUCGCCCUCUGGUGGACGUCUUGGUACAUGGCACCAACUCCACUAUGACGAAUUUUCUGCUUUCCUCAGUUUAUAUUUACAGAUAUCCAUUCACACAUCACAUCAUUCCGCUUAUUAAGCUGAUCAAAGACCCCCCAUGUCAUAUUUGUACUUGGAGCCGACCUCUAAUUUAUGCUUUUAUUUUGCAUCUUAGCCAUCCCCGUUCCUGGAGGGACACUGGUUUCACUGUGAAUGAGGGAGUUGUUUCCACUCUACUGUCUGCACUGUGAAACGCGAGGGUGUGAUUCACCGUGAUACAAUGUGCUUAAAGGAGUUGGAGCGCCUCAUCUUUUUCAAGCCAGAAAAUCAAUCGUUCUUGUGGUUUGUGAUAAGGAAACACUGAAAAAUGAACGAUUUAUGUUAAACGUGGUUGAAAAUAGACAGAUACAACCAUUAUCAGCUUGUCCCCUCAAAGUAUUUUUCACUGCUGCCAUGAAUCAGAACCUCCAUCUAUGCUUCCGUCAUCCUCUGUUAUUGUAUUGGGCUGGAACCAGUCCCAGCUGUUACUGGGCGAGAUGCAUCACACACCCAGUCACAAUUAAACAAGGCAAACGGA